AAUAAACUCUUGUAGUCACGUUGAUCACAACUGCUGGAUUGGGCCAUUCCUGGACUUGCGCUUCCAAAGCUGACCUUUCGUUCCUCGCACUCGUUUGCACCCGAGGCGACUUUAUGGCAUAUGAGUAGCUGUACAUGGUACGUUGAAUAAUCUGUGUAGCUUGUAUCGCUCAUUAGCCAACAUGCUCGCCAUGCGCACCAGCCGGCCGCCUCUCAGCGCGUACAGCAACAGCAGGCAUGGCUACGGCUAUGGCUAUGUAGCUGUCAGCCAGGGACCGCGCCCGGCGUCACGCGUGCUGCUGCCUGUUCGCUCGGGCACUACGGUGCCCAGGGCGUUUGCGAGCCCGAGCUCGGCCCGACCUGCCCUGCUGGAGUCGGGCAGCCUCUCCCCACGGCGGAGUGGCUCUGUGCCGACGGUCCUCGCUGUCGGCAGUGGCCGGCGCCCCAUCGCCCCCGCCGUCCCCCCGCCUUCCAGCCGGCAGCUGGAGCAGGCGGCUGCUGGGGGCGGCGGCGCCGGCAGCAGCAGCCGUGGCGAAGGCCGCAUGGGCGGACGCGGCAGAGGGCGUGGUGGCUUCCGGGGCCGUGGAGGCACAGCUGCCUCGGAUGAUGAAAUGCUGGAGGAGCUGCAAGCGGCCGUGACUUGCCAGCUGCCGGGCUGGGUGGAGCGGGAGGACACAGCCGCCAUCAGCAACGCCUUCCGAAAGGCCGUGCAGCUUCGCUCGGCCGAUGGAGGCGCCGCCAUGGCAGCUCGCAUCAGCUCCGGCAUCAUUGCUGACCUCUCAGCCGCCUAUCUGCCGCUCGUGCCACGCAUUCGGAAAGCGAUUGACUGUCGCAUGCCGCUGUGGGCUCUGGGGAAGGCUGGGAUUGGCAGCAAGGGCCCAGAGGCGCAGCUGGCGAAUGCAUUGUUGCAGCGGCUGCUAGACCCGGCAGUCAUUGCGGCGGCAACCCCCAUGGACCUGUCUCUUGCGCUUUAUGCGCUGGGCAAGCUGCGGGAGGACUGGCAGCGGCAGGGCGGGGCCGCCUGGGAUCCAGCCGAGUCGGACAGCGUUGGCGCGCUGGCGGAUGAGAUAAAGGGCAGGCUCACAGCGGCAGUCGGGCACGGCUUCAACGCGCAGGACGUGUCCAAUAGCCUGUGGGCGUGCGCCAAGCUGGGGCUCGCGGACGCAGAACUGCUGCAGCGACUUGCAGAGGCGGGCGCGGCGGCUGCGGGUAACAUGACGCCACAGGCGCUCAGCAACAGCCUCUGGGCUCUCGAGGCUCUUGGUUGCACGGGGCCAGCAUACCGGUCCGCGGUUCAGGUAUUGUGCGGGGAGGCGCUGCGGCGGCUCCGGACACCGGAGCUCGCUGAAGCAUUCAAUUCGCAGCACCUGUCGAACAUCCUGCUGGCUCUGGAGGGGUUGCAGCUGGGCAGCGACCAGGCACAGCUGACGGUGGCGGUUGCGGCAGAGGACGUGCGGCGGAGCCUCGCCGGAUACGUUGCCCAGGACAUCAGCAACUCGGCCUGGGCCCUCGCCAAGAUGGGGUUCGGCGUGGGCCCGGAGGCACCGGAGGAGCAGCGGCAGUGGGUUACGGCAGCCCUGGAUGCAGCUAUGCGGCCGGGCACAAUGGCGACAGCAACACCACAGGCUUGGGCCAACCUGUUGUACGCGCUUGCGUUGAUGCGCCACCAGCCGCCGCCAGUACUGCUAGACGCGGGCGCAGCAGCCAUGCGCGCCAAUGGUGUCAAUGGGCAGGAGUGCGCGAACACGCUGUAUGCGCUGGCGGUGCUGCAGCUGCGGCACGCCGGUUUGGAGGCGGCAGUGUGCGGCCGGCUGGGCGAGCUGCUGUGGGGUGGCAAGCAGGCGCUAAACCAUCAGGACAUAGCAAACAGCCUGUGGGCGAUGGCGGUGUUCGGAGAAACGUGUUCUCCCGACAUGCGGCGGCUAGCAAUCCAGCUAGCGCGCGACGCAGCUAGCCGUUGGGACGACUUCACGAUUGAGGAACUCACCCAGCUGUGGCAGGCACAGCAGGAGCUAGGCGGCGAGGUGGCGGCGGCCCUGCGCGACAGCAGCAGUCUGCAGGCGACAAUGGAUGCGGUGGUCGCUGCACGGCGGGAGGAAACCAAGCCUCUUCAUGCUAACCAGAAGCAGCUCAUCGGAACGCUGCGGCGGCUUGAGCAGCACGGUAGAGAGACAGCAGCAGGAGGCCUGAGCAUCCAGUCCGUACAAGCGGAUGCUGUUGUGCCAGGCGUGUUGGCGCCAAUGGCUGCGGUGGUGGGGCUGAGCGACGGGCGGCAGGUGGCGGUGGAGUGGAUCGGGUUAAAACGCGUCCUCCGCAGUCGGCAGCGGGAAGGAGCCAUCUUGCUGGAGGGCGGUAUAGGCAUGCGCAUUCGGCAGUUGCAGCGGGCGUUUAGGGAGGGCGGCGUUCUGGUGGUGCCGCACUGGGAGUGGGAGGGCCGGAGGAGCCCGGAGGAGCAGGAGACCUACCUGCUGCGCCGGCUGCAGGAGGUGGUGGCGGCUGCCGAAACGCAGGCGGCGGCGGCAGCAGCUAAGGGGGCAGGGAAGGCCCCAGCUGGCACACCGGCGGCGGGCGCAGCCGCUGCUCCUGUCCCUGCGCGCCCCGGUAGCAGCAGCAGCAGCCCCGGCAGCGGCAGUCCCGGCAGCCCCCAGCUGCUGGCACGGCCCCCGCGGCGGCGCGUGUGAGUGGUGGGCGGUGUACGGCGGUAGUAGGUGGUGGCCGCGUCUGUAAGCGAUCCUGUCAUCCUGGGAUGCGUUUUGUGAUUGCUGACAGCGUCCCCAAUGCGCUGUCGGCUGUAGCUAAGGACAGGAGAACUGUUUAGGGUAUAGAGGCUUGCAGGCAGUUAUUGAACAAUCCGGAUGUUUUUGGCUGCAAACAGGCAGUGGACUGGUUGCUUGCUCAGAGGAGGAUCAGGACGUACACAUGUGUUGCGGCGUUUCCCCAGAUUGCGUGUGUGCAUACCGCAUGUGUGUGUGUGGCCGCCCUUAACCUCCG